AACCAGUCGAAAGACUUUAUAAGAAGCAGCUCCACACACAUGAAUGCUGAAUGAAACACCGUGUCUGGGUCAGGGUCAGAUACCAGGUUAGGGCAGUAAGAUGGUCAGAUCUCAGAGAAUUAAACAGGUUAGUGAUUAAUAACAGUUUAUGUUUCCUCCCGCUCUGCGCUUUCACAUGCACUGCGCCUUUAAGCGCUCGGAGCUGUCGGUCACACUGAGGAUGUAGCGCUGGUGUAGCCAACAUGGCCCCCGACCAGCCGCCGCUUCUCUCCGCUAUGAAGAGACGAACUAACGCUCCUUCUCCGCUGCCACCGGACACAGUCAGCCCAAACCAGGGCGUUGCUGGUAAAAGAGGGGGGUAGAGCUGCCCAUGUCAGGCCCGUCACUGUCAGCCAAAGCCACGUUCAGCCGUGUGACAAAGCCGGGUGUCGGCGGUGGCAGAAUCAUGAGCAAGGAUUAUUCCAUUAAUCUGUCCGUGCAGCGGGUGCUGAGUCUGUGGGUACAAGGCACUGUGCCCACACUGCAGCACUUCACAGAGAUGUGGUACUGGGUCUUCCUGUGGUGUCUCUUCUCAUCACUGUUUGUUCACGGUGCCGUGGGUCUGCUCAUGUGUGUGAUGCUGCAGAGGCACAAGCGUGGACGCCUCAUUACGCUGGUGCUGAUCAGUGCCGGCUUUCUGGCCUCCAUCAUCGGAGGCAUUCUCACCAGUGCGGUGGUGGCCUGGGUGUAUCGUGUCGCAGGGAAGGACAUGGCUCCUCUGGAGGCUCUGGUGUUCGGGGUGGGCCAGACCACGCUCACCAUCCUCAUCUCCUUCUCCCGCAUCCUGGCUACUCUGUGACUGGACCUGGUGGAGGAGGUGGCUGGAGACAUGAGAUAUGGAGCUGUGGUUCCUGGAGGUGGCUUGGUUUCUGGAGGAACAUGGUGUAGCUGCCUUGUGGUUGGCAGCUCAGGCCACAGUAAAUGCUAAGAAAGGUGUUUUAGGUUUCACUGUAAUCACCAGGAGGACCUCCGUCCGAGCCUGUGAAUAGGCUCGCAUCUUGUUGGAUCAUAAACUACACUUUGGUGGUCGCGGCACCGACGACUGACAGGAAACAGAUAACAGGAAGCUAUAGUGACUGUCUUCAGAAGUUUGUCCUUCUACGUUUGUUUCUGCAUUCAACUUCUGGGAAAUGUUUUCUGUCAGUCCUGUAUUGUUCAGCGUGUUUAGUAAAUCCACAGCACCUGAGGACCAGCAUGAUGUUUCAGCACACACCACCUACGCACUCCCCCGUUACAGACUGAAUAUAUUUAACCCUUUCUGUUUGUCUGAUGUUUCUGUCUUGCAGCAGUAUGGAUGUUAUGGCUAUACAGUCUAACUCACCUUCUCAAUGUUAACACACCUGACAGGUGCGUCUGUGCAGCAGGUUCAUCUCGGCUGUGAUCCACCUCACGUUAUUAUAAUCCACUUUAACACUUUACUCAAAGAUAAUCAAGAUUACUGAAUAUAUACUGAUUGUUUAUCAAACAUAUUUAAUUCUUUAUUAUGGACAACUCCAGUGAUUUGAGAUGUUUCAAUUGAAGGAUGAAUCUACUGAGGUUUGAUUCACAGAUGAAAUGCUCCUUCAACAUGUAUAACUGAAGCUCCAGCAUCACUUCCACCCUCUUUACAUGCUCUGAUCAGCUCAGCUAAUGUAAUCAUGAUGAAGGGUUUGUACAUGAUUAUUUACACUAAGGCUCCUGAUAGGAAAGUUUAGAUGUAGGGUUUGUGAGGUAUCAAUGUGUUUUUUCACAUUAGCUUUUAAUUACCUUUAUAAUCAUCUCUCUUUGUACAUCAAUCCCAUGAGUCUCUGUUGCAUGUAGAUUUGCUUUUCUUUUGUACCUCAGGCCUUAAGCACACUGGGUUUAUAAAGCGGAGUAUAAAUGUGGUGCACUGCUGGGUCACUGCUUCCUGUAGGUUCCUGUUGUCUCUUCACACAUGGAGGAGACUUUAGAACCUUCACUCUGCUAAGAAGCUCAAUGGUCCUGGAAUUAAAGUGUCUGUUCCUCCCUGUUGUGCUUUAUACUGCUUUAUUGACCUUGAUCUUGAGGUCAGCAAGGCUGUGUCCCCUGAAGGUUGAGCCACGACAGGAAGUUAGGAGUCAAAUCAGAGUCAGCAGAACCUGAACCUGAAAUGCUUAGCAGAAGAAAUGCAUGACUGUAAUGCUGAAAAAACACUUCAGGCAGAAAAUUACAGUCUACAAGACCAUAUUAAUGGCGAGGGGCAGAUUAAGGCAUUCAUCAGGUUGAAAAGCAGCAUUUUUCCUCACACGCCUCUGAAAAAUACAGUUAAACCUCAUUACACAUGAGUUUUUUUCCUGGUGUUCAGGUUGAGAAUCUGCUGACUCUUAUAUUUCAUUGCAUAAAGUUGUAGCAUAUUUAUGACAUUUAAGAAGUAUUGUGAAGUUUUACCUAUAAUCUGAUUCCAGUUUUAGCUCUGGACCUGAAGCUUAGCUUUUAGUUGUUAGUUUGGUUCAAGGGAAAGACAGAAUGUGAACAUAUUUCAGAUUGAACGCCAUCAUCUGUCUGAAUGAACCCAUUUUAUUUCAGCAGUCAGUGUCUAAUGGACAGCACAUUAAGGACAGCACAUUAAAUCAAACCUGUUUCUUACAGCUGUUCUACAGUUUAAAGCUGUUGAGCAUGCUAUUAUCUUGUUUACAGCACCACCUUGCUGCUAAUUCUGCAGGGACUUGCAUCAGUUCCUGAUGGUUUAAUGUCUUUAAUAUCAUUAAAUCAACACUUUAUUUAUCUGCUGUUUUUACUGAAAGAACUUGAAAGAAGGAGGUGCAGUUUAUACAAACAGAUCUGUUCAUAAAUGUUGUGCUCACAAGUUCUUAUUUAUACUGAAUUGUGAAUGUCACAGAUUCAGUUAGACACAUUCAUCUCUGGUCAUGAGUCUUUCUCUAAAUCUGUACUGAUUCUCCUCUAGGUUCAUGUCUGUAAACUGUCGAACUGAUAAAAUUCUUCUUUUGCAGACUUAUUUUGAAAGGCCAGACAAAUUCUACAGUAUUAUUACAGACUUAUUAUUAUUAUGGUUAUUGUUCAUCGUCAGUAGCAUCUUUUUAAAGGGUUAAAGAGACACAAGUCUGACUGUUUUCUUACGUUUUGUUACCAUCUGUUUCUGUGUAAUCUGUUUCACUACAUGCAGAAAGUGUAAAUGGAAAGGAUUCUGGUCGAUCCUCCACAGUCAACUCUGUACAGAACAUGGACAUGGCUUAUGUAGAUAGUGUACGAUAAGGUUCUUUUUUUUAAUUUUAUAUCAGCAGACAGCUGGGGUUUAUAACAUGGAUAUUAUUGUAAAAAAGAUUUUCUGUAAAUAAACUACUGACAUUUGAAAUAAAAAAAGAAUCCAAUUU